UACGCCAUCUUGGAAUACGAGAGGUUGAUCGAUUCAUCAGAAAUCGAGAUUUCCGACUACUUACAAAUUUGCCACUCGAUACAAUCAAAUUAUCAUGCCUUUGAUGCAUUUGUAAUUCUACAUGGAACAGACACAAUGUCCUACACUGCUUCCGCAAUUUCCUUCCUACUCGAAAAUCUGGGCAAGAGUGUAAUUUUGACAGGUGCUCAGAUACCACUUUCCAAUCCACGGAACGACGCGGUUGACAACCUAUUGGGAGCACUACAGAUAGGUGGAAGCUACCUCAUUCCAGAGGUUGCAUUAUAUUUUAAUCAUCGGCUAUGGCGUGGCAAUCGGACGGUGAAAUUUAGUAGCGUUGAAUUUGAUGCGUUCAAAAGUUUCAAUCUUGAACCACUGGUCAAAGUGGGCUGCAACGUGGAAGUUCGUUGGGAUCUGGUCAACAAGCCGAUUGAUCGACAAGCCUUUAAGGUUCAUAAUGCAAUGUGUGGAAACGUUGCUGUUCUUCGGAUUUUCCCAAGCAUUAGUCCGGCAUCAGUCCGAGCGUUUCUCCAGCCACCUCUCCAGGGCAUUGUCCUGGAGACCUUUGGAGCAGGAAAUGCGCCUAAAAAGCUGGAACUACUCCAAGCAUUCAAGGAGGCGUCAGAUCGUGGCGUGGUAAUUGUAAACGUGACUCAAUGUACCAAGGGAACAGUUUCGAGCGAUAUUUAUGAAACAGGAAGGGCCCUUGCUGCAAACGGGAUUGUCAGUGGAAGAGAUAUGACGACUGAGUGUGCAUUAGCAAAGCUAGGAUAUCUUCUGUCGAAGCCAGGUCUCUCGAUCGAGGUGAUACGAGAACUGAUUGGUCAGCCUCUGCGUGGAGAGCUUACGCCACCUGCACGCAUUCAAUUUGAGCCCUCGCACGACAGGCUCAGGUGGUUGAUUAGUCACUUGGCAGACGCUAAACUGGAGCAGGCCGAGAACUACCUGAUCCCGUAUGCACUUGUAACCGCAGCAGGUCGUUCGGAUGACUCCUUAGCUCGACUGAUAUCCGCGGGAGCAAGAGCAGGAGCCCUCAACAAGCGUGCCUCCACUGGCCUCGGUCAGACUGCCCUUCACGUAGCCGCUUUCCAUGGUCGACUUCGCAAUCUGGAGAUCCUCUUGGAUCAUGGUGCAUCUGUUCAUCUUCGAGAUGAUUUCGGACACACUCCAUUAUAUUACGCUUUGUUGAAUCGUCAUCAUGCUUGUGCUGAGGCUUUGGAGAAGGCAGGCGGACACCUGAUCGAGUCUGAGAAGACCUUGGGAAAUGUCUCAAUAUGA